UCUCAUACUGUAUACGGGAAACAGACUGCGGGCCAAUCGGGAAAUGGGUAAUCCCCAGCCCCGCCCCCUCCACACAGGACAUAUAAGGAGCGGAGACGCCAGCUCUGUGCUGACUGCAGAUCGUCAUUGAUGUGACUGGAGGCGCAGGGGACACGUACGGGGAUCUGCCUGGCUGUAUUGGAUUAUUAUCACCGGGCGCGCUGGGGUAUUUCCGCUCUCUGCUGUCAGCGCCUUAUUGCACUAUGACACUGGAGGAUAACGAGACCUGUGACAACCACGAGGAAGAGAUGCAUCCUGUCGCCUCAGCCCUGGAGCAGGUGCUGGAUGCAGCCCAGAGACGGGACUCCCUGACUGUGGGGGUGUAUGAAUCCGCCAAGCUUAUGGAUAAAGAUCCUGACAGUGUGGUACUGUGUCUUCUCGCAGCAGAUCCCGAACAUGCAGACAAUGUGGCAUUAAGCAUCCACUUCACACUGAUACAAGCCUUCUGCUGUGACAAUGACAUCAACAUUCUGCGAGUCUCUGGCCUACAACGCCUGUCGGAGAUCAUUCAGAGUCAGAGCGAGCCAAGUUCGGAACCUAUGGACUUGCAUUGUAUCCUCGUUUCGAAUCCACACAACAAUCCCUGGAAAUGUUCCAGUUUGGAUGAGGUCUUCAACUACUGUGCAGAGUGCAGGUCCAGGAAUCAGUGGAUCCCCUUUAUGUCACUGGUGGACAGAUAAUGUUGCCGCUGGUGAAUGGACCAGUUAAAUGUCGAUGACUUUGUGAUCUCGCUGCAGUGCAAAGGGAUUUGAUUGUCUGCAUGGAUUACGUUAAUUUGUGCUAUAUUCAGUGUUAUGCAAUCUAAGCGAUGCCCGGUUAAUGGCAAACUACUGACCUUGAACACGUGCUCUGAACAAGACACUUUUGUAUUAUGAAGAAGCAGCUGGAUCUGCCACCCAUUUAACCCACUUUUGUAGAAGAUUUUAACAAGAAGGAUUUAGUUUUAUAUAUUUUUUUUUUUAAAUAGUUUUGUGCUUUUUGGCUAAGUUGCUAGAUGUUUACUUGCCGAUAGCAAAGCCUUUAUCCAUAUGUUCCCUGGAUCUCGUCCUGUAUCUUUGGAAAGUUGUUCACCUUCAUUAUCGAGCCUUCCUCAAGCCUCAUCUUAUUGGUCAAUGCCUCAUUUCGAUCUAAUUUGAGAAGAAUGGUUUUUACAAUUAACGGCCAUAAAAUGUUGUAUGAUUAAAGAGCCUUCUAUAAUGACACUGUGAAGAUCUUGAGAAGACCUGAGAUCCAAUUUUCCAAAUGUCUGGUCAAAAAAUUAUUGUAUGUUUUCUCAUAGAUAUUUGGGAAUAAACUUUUGAAACUA